AUGUUUAAAAGUGUCAUUCCAAAUAUUACAAAGAGAUGUUUAUUCAACAACAACAACAAAAACAAAAACAACAUCGAUAUCAUUGAAAAAUGUAUAAAGUAUUAUUAUUGUACUUCUGCAUUCAAUACUACGACCAAUGCAAGAGACCUAUUUGAUAUAACUAGAAAACAAUUAAAACAAGCUAAAAAUCUAGAUGUGGCUUAUAGUAGUAUGUUGGAUUCUAGAAUAUUGUUUGAACAUGUUGUUGGACUAAAAGAAAAUGCUAGGAUUCCAAAGGAUUUACAAUUGACCCCUACUCAAAACAAAGAUCUUCAAGAGGUAAUAGAAAGAAGAUUAAAUAAUGAACCUAUAGCAUAUAUUGUUGGUCAUAAAUAUUUUUGGAAACAUAAAUUUAAAUGUAAUCAUUCUACUCUAAUACCAAGACCUGAUAGUGAGACUCUAAUUGAACAAAUAUUAGAAUUACAUAAUUAUGAAAAACAACUACCAUUAAAUAUUUUGGAUUUGGGAACUGGAACUGGAUGUUUACUACUAAGUCUAUUGGAAGAGUUUUCAAAUAGUAAAGGUGUUGGAAUAGAUCAAUCAUUGGAUGCAUUAAAAGUUGCAAAGGAGAAUUCAAUAUCUUUAAAAAUGGACAAUCGUUCUACUUUUAUACAAUCAAAUUGGGUAGAUUCAAUUGUAAAUCAACAACACAACAAUGUACCAUUAAAAUAUAACUUGAUUAUAUCAAAUCCACCAUAUAUAUCUGAAAAUGAAUACCAAACUUUAAAUCCAACUGUAAAACAAUGGGAACCUAUAACAGCAUUGGUUGCAAAUGACAAUGGAUUAAGAGAAUAUGAUAUUAUUUCAAAAUCGAUUAGAAAACAUAAUCUAUUGUCGCAAGAUAGUAAUACCUUGUCCAAUAUUCCAUCUUUUUUGGUAUUUGAAAUUGGACACACUCAAGAAGAGAGUGUCAAGAAAUUGGUAGUUGAUAAUGGAUUUGAAUUUAAUUACAAGAUCACUUGCAUUUAA